AUGGCAAAGUCAAUGAGAAGUAGAUGGAAGCGAAAAUGUCGAGCUAUCAAGCGCGAAAGGUAUGCCGUCAAAGAAUUGGCACGAUUAAAGAAAAUGCUUGGAAUAAAAGAAGAAAAAGUGACAGAAAAUGAGGUUAUGGAAUCGGACCAAGUCAUAUUUCUUGACGCUGGGCAAAUAAACAAGAAAAACAAAGCAAAGAAGGCCACAGAGGACGACGAAGACGUCGAAAUGAGUUCCGAUGACGAGAAAAUCGAAGUAGACGGCGAUAAUGGCAAAAAGCGAAUAUUCAGUACAAAAACAUUGAAAGACCAAAACGGCCAAUAUCCGAUUUGGUUGCACAAGAGGAAAAUAGCCAAAAUCAACAGGUCAACGCAGAAAAAAAUCAAGAAGAAGUCUAAAAAACGGAAGCAAAAGUAA